AUGUCACUGAGGUCCAUCAGAACCUUCAUAUACCGGUUACAGCCUUCAAAUGUCAUUCCACAUGCAACAACCAGAGAGGCGGGCUGCAACUACAGGAAGGAGAAACAAGUCCAGGAAUAUCAAUUCACCAUGGAGCUGCAGGACAAGAACGUCAAAUUCCUCCAGUUUCAAAUAGAGCAGCUCACGUCAAAAGUUACACAGCAAGAGCUGGCCUUUACUGAAGAAAAUCAGGCCAAGAUUUGGAAAAUAGACUCUCUACAGACCAAAGUCAAGGCUCUGGAGACAGAGCUGAAGACUCACAAGGAGGAGGCGGAGGAGUGGAAAGCCCAGCUGGGGUUAACUCGACAGGAAUUGGAGCGCAUCAGCCUCGAUAAGGCCGAGCUCCGGCUAAGAUUUCAUGAUCAUACAGCAAAAAAUGCCCAAACCGAGUCAGAACUCCGACAGCAGAGAUGUGAGAGCGAGGCGAACGCCAGGAACACUGUCGCAGAACUCAAGGCUCAUUAUGAGUCUGAAAUAGGGAGGAUGCUAGAGGGGCACGGCAAGAGGCUGGCGGAGGAGAAGGAGGCGUGCCAACAACUGACGGAGAAGCUAAGGAUCGCCGAAGAGCGGUCAGGAAGACAAGCUGCAGAAUUGGAAGAACGUCAAGCUGCGCUGGACCGAGUGGAGACGGAGCACAAGGACAGACUGGAGGACUUACACUCACAGAUACAACAAAGAGACAAAGACAUCGCAGCAGGACAAAAACUGAAGAAAGACACGCGACUCAACGAGUUAGUGAAGCAAAAAGAACUGGAGAGGAACAUUGAAAAGCUGAAGAAGACAAUCACUGGUCUGAAGAACAAGGAAGACCUUAGCGGGAAGGUGUCCGUGUUGGAAAGCACGAUCCAGGAAAAAGAAAAUGUUAUCAAGAAGAAAAACCUGGAGAUGUCUUGUCUGAUGAAGGACAAGAAGCAACUGCAACAGGAUUGGGCGAAAGAGAACGACAACAACGUUGUUCUGCUCGCUAAAUUAAACGAAGUGAAGGACAAGCUCCACAGCUUUGAGGAGGACCUGAGAGCGGCGCAGUCUGAGCUCAAAGACACCAGAGACCGGCUGAACAAGACGCUCCGGGAGAACGCCGAACUGGGAGAGACCAUCUCCAAUCUCAAGGACAGAGUGAGGAGAUGUGAGCCAGACCUUAACAAGGAGAGAGAGAAGAACAGGGACCUGACCACCUACGUGAUGCGCUUCGAGGCCGAUCUGGAGGCGUGCAUGGAAUUCAUCUCUGAGCCCAAGAUCUUCAUACGCAGGGUCCUCGACGUCAAAAGACACCACAUGGACAUCAAAUCCAAAGUGCAGAUGGAUAGUAACAAUGAGAUGGGGCUCAAAGAAGCCAUCAAAGCCAAAGAUCUGAUUAUCGAGAGUUACAGACGGUGCCACCAGAACUCGUCCAAGGUGCAGGGACGUUGCCAGGAGCAGAUCUUUCAGAGAGAGGAGCAAAGCAACCAGGACCAGAGUUCCCUCGUCAGACAGGUCAACGACAUGACCGUGGAGCUGGACCACGUCAAAACACAACUCACAGAAACUACUGUGCUUCUUGAAUUGGCGAGAAAGACGCGGCUGCAGAAAGUGAAGUCGUGGAUGAAUAAAAACAUCCUGCCAACAAAUAAGGUUGUUCCAAUAUACGCAGAGGAGACCCCGUCCCGUCUCCCGGGGGACAGUCGCCGUGCAGGCAACAAAACAUCGUCCUGAUCCAGAGGACGGCAUCAAUCACGUCAAGCCGUUUGUGGAGGGUGACCUCCGGAUACUUGACGUCUAAGACCCCCACCACCCCCCCCUUUCCAUUAUGCACCAUCUGCACUCCACCUUGACCCAUGAGACCUCAGAAAAGCCCGGUCUCCUUAAUGCGGUGCAGCAUGUCAGGGCCCCGUGGGGGCUCAGGGUGGGGAGGGGUGCGUCUGCGUGGGCGGGACUCCGAGUGAUUCGGGUUCCUCCCACACGCCAAAUACACUGAGAAAGUUUAAAUUAAAUAAAAGAUUAUUUUUAAAAAUCAACAACCUCAGCUCAAGCUCUGUUCUUGUAUUUCCUGCGUCUGUGAAACGUCACGUAUGACGUCAACCAUGGAGAUGAAAUGGACAGAAACCAGCGAAGUAGAACGAUUCGAGCGGCAGCUAUUUUUAGGUGCACCAUUGCCACGGUAACAAGUAAGCUUUAAUAGAAGGUGGUCUACAUCGCUCACGUUGCACUGGGAGGGCUCCGAUGCUGCAGGAAAAUCUGCCAAUGCGGUAAGUUUUCCAAAACAACACCUGAGUAUGGCAUAACCAGAAUGUGAAAAAAUCUGGUUAAACACUGAACAUCUUUUGUAUGUCUGUGUCCCAACUGGCACCAACCCCCCCGAAUGCUUGGUCCUGGGGGGUCGCUGGGUCUGUCGGUCGGAUCCUGACAUGACGUCUGGUAGAA